AUGGCAACAAACUCAGAAUUACUUGUGUAUGCGAUUUUUCAUGUAAUUCGUUUUGUUCUAAAUUUGAAUAUUUUCAUCGCUGCUUUGUUAUUUAUACUGGGUGGAUGUUUUCAUGAUCAACUUCGUUCAUCAAAACGACAAUGGCUUCUGUUCAAUAUUUGCAUAGCUAUGAUUAUUUUUGCAAUUGUUAAUUCGAUUUUUUCGAUGUUACCAUUUGCGCCAACAUAUACAACAGUAUUGAUUGCUCAAGUGUGUACCUUACAACAUUUUUUUGAAGAUAUUGCACAAGGACAAGUAGCCUAUUCGUUAGUUGUAUUUUGUGUACAUCAAAAUGGACCCGAAGAAUGGAAAAAUAGAAGUUAUCUUUGGUUUGGAACGUGUAUUGGCAUUCAAUGGUUAUGUAGUUAUCUUCUCCCAUUACCCCAAAUUUUAAUGUCAAAUAUUUAUAUAUGUCUUGCAAUUUUUCCGAAACAAUUUUUUCCUAUUUACAGUAUAGCAUUUCUUUUUGCUUUACCUGUAUUUCUUCAUUUAUUGAUUUAUAUCAUGGAAAAUGUAUGUAAAAAAGAUGAAUUAAUGAAUACUCAAAUAUAUCCAGCUGGACAUAUAGAACCAGUUGGUUAUGGACCAAAAUCUAUUUUAGCUGCAAUUGAUUAUAAAUCUCAACAAAGUAUUAGUCUUUAUGCAGUAUUAGAGAUUCUUCCAUCGUUAUGUCUUUUGCUUGAUAUUGGUCUAUUAUACAAAAUGAAUAAAGAAGUUCGAAAGAAGAUUACAUCAUUUCGUCGACAAAAUCAUGCUGUAGAACCAACUAAGACUGAUUUAGAUACUAUUGCAACAUCAGAAGAAGAUAAAGAUAGUCAUGAAUGGGAUCGUCCACUUGAAUUUAUAUUUUCUCUAAUUUCAAAUUCAGUUGGUCUUGGAAAUGUAUGGCGUUUUCCAUAUUUAGCUGCUAAAAGUGGUGGUGGUGCAUUUUUAAUUCCAUAUUUUAUUCUUUAUUUUUUAAUUGGUGCACCAAUAUAUUAUCUUGAAUUAGCAUUGGGACAAUUUUCAAGUCGUGGUCCAGCAACAGCCUUUAUACUAGCUAAAGGAUGGCAAGGUGUUGGAUUUGCAAUGAUCAUCAAUAGUGUUCUUUGUAUGUUGUAUUAUAAUGUAAUAAUAAGUUGGGCAUUAUUCUAUUUUGUAUCAUCAUUUCGAACAAAUCUUUUAUGGAAAAAAUGUGGUUAUUGGUGGAAUGAUAAUGUAAAAUGUUUUGUUCCUGGAAGUGGUAAUUCACCACAUGUAUCCAAUAAUACUAUGUAUAAUUGUACAGAUUCACAAUAUCAAAAUCAAACAGAUUAUGGAUGUGUAGAAAUAAAGUUUACUGAUAGAUCAACAGCUACAGAACAAUUUUUUUAUAAAUUGUUAUUAGGAAAAAGUGAAAGAUUUGAAGAUUUUGGAACACCUCAAUUAUAUAGUACUCUUGCAUUGUUAGCUUCAUGGAUUAUUGUUGGUUUAUGUAUUAUUCGUGGUGUUAAAUCUUCUGGAAAAGUAGCUUAUUUUACAGCUAUUUUUCCAUAUAUCGUACUUCUUAUAUUAAUUAUUCAAAGUGCAACAUUAACUGGUGCUGUAGAUGGAAUUAAAUAUUAUAUUAUUCCAAAUUGGGAUCUCGUUGCGAAAUUUGAAACAUGGCAAGCAGCAGCUUCACAAGUAUUUUUCUCACUCGGUCUCAGUUUUGGUUCAUUAAUGGCAUAUUCAUCAUCGAAUAAAUUUAAUAAUAAUUUUUUUCGACAAAUGUGUAUUGUUGUAUCCUGUGAUUGUUUUACAGGAAUAUUUGCUGGUUUUGCUGUAUUUUCUACGAUUGGCUUUUUAGCAGCAGAAUCAAAAGAAACAGUUGCUAAAUAUGCUGAAUCAUCUGGUCCUGGUCUAGCAUUUAUAACAUAUCCUGAAGCUAUAUCACAUAUGCCAGCUAGUUCAUUUUUUUCAAUUCUUUUUUUUCUUAUGUUACUUGCACUUGGACUUGGCUCACAGUUUGCAUUAACUGAUGUUCCAAUAACAUCAAUCAUAGAAUUAUUUCCAAGAUUUCGAUCUAAACGACCACAUGCUGUUGUAAUAACUUGUGUUGUUUCAUUUUUAAUUAGUUUACCAUUUACUUGUCCGGGUGGAAUUUAUUUAUUCGAAUUACUUAUGGAAUAUGCAGCUAAUGUAUCAAUGGUUGUUGUCGGUUUUUUUGAGGUUUAUACAAUCGCUUAUAUUUACGGUUUUAAUCGUUUUAUGAAUGAUGUUAAAAUGAUGUUAGGAAAACGAGCAGCACAAUAUUAUCUUUUUCUUACAUGGUGUAUUAUUUCUCCGAUUCUAAUGUUUGUAAUAAUAUUAUCGAAAUUAUUAACGGCUGAACCUAUGAAAAAUAACGAAGGUGCUGGUUUUGAAGCUUAUGAAUAUCCUCAAUGGAGUACUAUACUUGGAUGGUUAAUUUUUGUUGGUUGUAUUAUACCUAUUCCAAUUGUUUAUAUUUAUAAUUAUAUAAAAGAAUAUAAAAAUAUUGGUUUAAAACAAAUUGCAAAUCCGAUUGGUGUAGGAAAUGGAAAUGAACUUGUUGAAGAUAAUGAUUAUAUGAAACAACCUCGAUAUUUAGAAGCAUUAACACAAAAUAAUUCACCAAGAGAUGAUUGGGGACCCAAGAAACGAGUUAAUCAAUAUGGUUUAUAUGCUCAUUUGAGAAAAAUAGAAAUUAUUAAUACAAAUAAUGAAAUACGAUUACCAUCAACAAUAGAAUUUCCUAAUCGAAGUUUUCAUCCAAGUGAAAUUGAUAAUAAUGAUUCAAGAUUUUAA